CCGCGGGGGGCGGGCUCCUGGACCGCGGCGCGCUUCGGCACAACCGCUGCACUAUGGCUCCAGCCGGAGGUCCCCGGGCCAAGAAGGGCAUUUUGGAGCGUCUGGACAGCGGAGAGGUCGUGGUCGGGGAUGGCAGCUUCCUCAUCACUCUGGAGAAAAGAGGCUUCGUGAAGGCAGGGCUCUGGACUCCAGAGGCAGUGAUGGAGCAUCCAAGCGCAGUUCGCCAGCUUCACAUGGAAUUCUUGAGAGCUGGAGCAAAUGUCUUGCAGACUUUUACCUUUUCUGCCACUGAGGACAAUAUGGAAAGCAAGUGGGAAGGCGUAAACGCUGCUGCUUGUGACCUGGCCAAGGAGGUGGCUGAGGAAGGUGGCGCUUUGGUGGCAGGGAGCAUCUGCCAGACAUCAAUGUACAAAUACCACAAGGAUGAAGCGAGAAUUAAAAAUCUUUUUCGACUACAGCUAGAGGUUUUCAUCAGGAAAAACGUGGACUUCUUGAUCGCAGAAUAUUUUGAGUUUGUAGAAGAAGCUGUGUGGGCUGUGGAAGUCCUCAAAGAAGUGGGGAAGCCUGUGGCCGUCACCAUGUGCAUAGGCCCAGAGGGGGACAUGCAUGAUGUGACGCCCGGAGAGUGUGCCGUGAAGCUGGUGAAGGCAGGGGCAGACAUAGUUGGGGUAAACUGCCGCUUUGGACCCCAGACCAGUCUUCAGACCAUGAAGCAGAUGAAGGAGGGCCUGGCCGCGGUGGGGCUGGACGCACACCUGAUGGUGCAGUCCCUGGGCUUCCACACUCCUGACUGUGGCAAAGGAGGCUUUGUGGAUCUCCCAGAAUAUCCCUUUGGCCUGGAGCCCAGAGUUGCAACCAGAUGGGACAUUCAAAAAUAUGCCAGAGAGGCCUACAACCUGGGGGUCAGGUACAUUGGCGGUUGCUGUGGAUUUGAGCCCUACCACAUCAGGGCGAUUGCAGAGGAGCUGGCCCCCGAACGGGGAUUUCUCCCACCUGCUUCAGAAAAACACGGCAUCUGGGGCAGUGGCCUGGACAUGCACACCAAACCCUGGAUUAGAGCAAGGGCUAGAAGAGAGUACUGGGAGAAUCUGCUGCCGGCUUCGGGCAGACCUUUCUGCCCGGCACUAUCAAAGCCUGAUGCGUAGGAAGCAGUGAAAACACAGCAGAAUGGAAAGAGUCGGCCCAGCCCCCUGUGGAGCCUCCGUCUCCACCUGCUCAGCCUGCCUUGCUCUCCCAGCGGCUCAGCAGCAGGCUCCUGCCUGCGCCUCCUCAGUGGACCUUAGACCAGGGCCCCUCGGCUCUCAAGCGCUUACUGACCAGUAGUGCUGGGAUGGAUUGAUUUCUUAAGGGUCAUCAGGAAUUACUAAACUUGUCUUUCAAGGUGAAUUUGACAUUUUAAAUAAUUGGAAGUCGCUGAGAAGUGACUAACUGAGAAGUGAAUAACUCAGGUGUCUAAGCUAGGCGCACAAGGAACGUGGAGCAGCUUUCUGGACUGAAGUAGUCAUUCGGCUCUCCUCCAAUUCUCACUUUCCAUUGCGGCACCAAGCACAACCUCAGUGGAAAAGAAGCACAAACGCAAUGGCAGGGCAUUGGAAUCAGAGCAUCACAUCCCAAAGCAAUUGUUUUCAAAGCUGACUUUUUAACUUAAAGGCAUUAUGUCCUAGAAUUUUCAAAUGGUCUGUACACAUAGACAGAAUUAUCAAAGGUCAAGGACCAUAUGAUAUGCUUCUUAUAGUAGUUAUUUACCAUUGGGCUCAACUAAUCAUCACACUAAUUGAAGUAAUUUUUGAUUAUUUAAAGUAGGUAAAAGUAGAUGGAUGGGGAAUUUAGCCCCUCUUGAUUCUCUCGUAGUGGGAGCUCUUUGUACUUCCUCCACUUUGCUUCUCUUAAUCUAAUAAAGUUUCUCCAAAAAAAGAAAAAAUACCCAGUAAAUUCAAAGUACAUAAAUGAUCAAUGAAAACUGUUUUUUAGAACUCAGAGUUCAAAUCCAUCUUGAUCUAGUAUUUUUGUGAUUUAUGUUUUUGUUCUAUACUGUGUACCCCAUUUCUCUUUUUCAUAAUAGUGUAUCAAUGUAUGACAGUUAAUAAAAUUACAAAUAAGUUAUGUUUUAUAGCAUUAGAGUACUUAAAUUUCAUGAAUAUUCUGUGGAAUAACGAUAAAUAUGCAUUACUUACAAUG